AUGGCGUUGCACGAACUCAUGACGCGCGCGGAGAACCGGUCGUGCGCCGACUGCGGCGGGGCGAAUCCCGAUUGGGCGAGCGUCAAUCACGGGGCGUUCCUGUGCCUCUCCUGCAGUGGGAUCCAUCGCUCGCUCGGGGUCCACGUGAGCUUCGUGCGAAGCGCGACGAUGGACUCGUGGAGCGUCGAUCAGUUGAACUCGAUGCGCGCGGGGGGGAACGUAGAGAUGAACGCGUUCAUGGAGCGGUACGGGACGGACGCGCGGACGCCGGCGCGGGCAAAGUACGAGAGCGACGCCGCGCGGGCGUGGCGAGAGCGAGUGAAGUGCGUGGCGAACGGUGGAGAGUGGAAACGGCCGAAGUGGUUGAAGUCGUCGGGUGGGAAAACCGGGGGGGGGGGGGCGAGAGGGAAGAGCGCGAGUGGGUCGUCGAUGGAGUUGUUUCAGUUUGAGGCGCAACCGGGGGACGGGGAGUCGAGCGGACGCGAUAAGGCGAGCGCGAAGGCGAACGUGUCGAAGACGGGGUACGACUUAUCCACGGGUCAAGGGUCACUCGUGAGUAAGAGGUACGAACCCGAUGACGAUGGGUGGGUGCCGCCGCCGCCGCCGCUGCCGAAGGGGGCAAAACCAGGGGAAUUUUUGAGCGGAAUGACGCCGUAUCAGUGGGUGGACUUUCUCAAGCGGAGUCUUCAGGACGACAGGACGUACCACCUCAAGAACAUGACGGACGAAGAGCGCGCGCAAGUCGUUGCGGCGAUGUCUGGAUUGCCAAUUCCUCCGCGAUCGGGGAAGAAACACGUGCCCAAGGCUUCGAGUAACGUCGCGGUGAAUUCAGCCGCGAGCGAUUUGAAGACGUUGAAUCCAUUCGAGGAUGCGAGCAGUAGUACCGGUGGCACAGAUGAAUUCUUCAAUGAAAGUGUGGAGAAAUCAAAGAAGGAAAAGAAGGAGAAGAAGGAGAAGAAGGAAAAGAAGGAAAAGAAGGAAAAGAAGAUGAACGAGAACGAGACGGAUUUGGAGCGAAGAAUGCGCGAGGCCGGCGAAGCGGCGAAAGCGUUGGCUCGCGAGCGCAUGCUGUCGAAUCCCGACGCAUCUGCGUCUGUUUAUGCUGUUCCUGAGAAGAAAAAACCCUCUUAUUCUCCGCAGCAAUCAUACUUUCAUGGGAGUUCAAAUCUCGGGCGAUCUGGCUCUUCAAAGUACGAAGGAUUCGGUAACACAUCGUCUCUUCCGCCACCGCCGCAGGACUGGCAGUCGAAGAUGAAAUCGGCUACAGAGUCCGCGAAGGGAUGGCUAUCUGGAACGCUCAAGGGUUUGGCGGCGAAGCUCGACAACACCUCCCUCGCGCACGGUGGAGCGAGUGGAUCGAGCAGAGUGGGUGUAGCGUCAUAUCAACAAAUGUCGCACCAAACUUCGAGGCCGCCCGAAGUUCAAUCUUACAGACCUCCCGAGGUGAAGCCAUACGACUUACCACCUCGACCAGUGGGUAAGGCGAAACCCGAGAGCUUCUAUUCCAGCGAGAGUGGGUCGGAUAGUGAUUCAGAUUGA